AUGCCACGCGUUCCACCAAGACGUAAAACUCGUAAGUAUUGCCAAGAAUUGGCUGAACGUAAAGAACAACAAAAAAGACUAGCUUUGUUAAGUCUUAAUACCCAUGGAGAUACUUCUAAAGAAGUAAAAGAAAACAAAGAAUUAAAAGAAUGUUGUACUUAUGACGUCCAAAAAGUGUCUGUUGAAAAAGAGUUAGAACCUUCCCCAAUUAAAGUGUUAACUAGUAAAUUCCUUAAAUCAGAAACAAAAAAAAAGGAAGUGUCAGAUUUUUUAGAUCAUCAACAUGAUGUCAAAGGCUUUAAUCAUAAUGAAGAAAAAACUCCUAUAAAAGAUCAAAAUGAAAAGAAACCAAAGAAAAAUAAAACUUCCAAUACAUUAAUAAAGUCAAAAGAAAAAGAAGUUAUUGAACAAAGUAUUAAAAUUGAAAGAACUAAUUCUCAGCGUUUAAUUGAAAAUUCAGAAACUUCUGAUAUUUCAGAUUCUAUUAAAUCACAGACUUUUAAAAAUACAUUAGCUUUAACUCAUAAGAAUCUAUGUAAUCAAGGUAAAGAGUCUUCUGUUAGAAUUAAAGAACGUGAUAGAAGAAUAGUUCAAUGGAUGGAUGAAGCACUUCAAUCAAAGACAUUACUUCCUUACCCUAAUCCUAUAACACCUCUUGUUCGUCUGUAA